GACCCAAUCAUCUUUCUUAACUCAUCCACAUCCACAUCCGCUUUCUGCUGUCCAACCAAACUUCUUCUUCUAUCCAAGUGAAGUUAAGCCAUUCUUUUUAUGUCACUUAAUUAUGUAGUACCCUUGAGGUUGAGGCUGAGGGGAUAUACUAUUUUUUUGUGGAACAUAGUUUGAGUAUCAAAUAUUCUCCCCAAUGCCAGGAACAAUCCAAGUUUCAGUGUUGGAUUUCAAGAAUAUAUCAUCUUCAGCACAGUCUUCCUCAAUUUGCUUAUGGGUUUCCAUGGGGAAGAGAGCAUACCAAACGUGGGACAAAGGAGACUUCUCCUUCCCAUUAACAACAUUUCGCGAAAAUUUGGUUGUUAGACUUCAGGAUGCUGAGGGAAAUGAGAUAUCACGUGCAGAAGUUCAGACCUUAUCCAUAGUUGAGAAGGGUUAUUGGGACGAUUUUUUCCAACUUGAAGGAGGUGAUUAUGUACAUAUGAAGUUGCAAUUCAUUCUCAGUGAAGAUGAACGCAACCGAAUUCGUAAUGUGAGAGAAUCUGCUCUGAAGAAGAAACAAUACAUAGUUCCUGCAACAAAUGUUGAAUAUAAAGGAACAACUAUUCCUGUGGGAGAUACAUUUGCAUCAUCUCUGCCCAUCAGAAGGAAGUUUUCAGAUAGAAGUGAAGCAACCUCAUCUUCACCUGUGAAAGAAAUGGUUCAAAUACAAUAUUCUGAGCCUGACAGACCAUCAGCUAAGAAGCUUCAAACUCCGCUAAUACGUGAUUAUAUUUCUGUAAAACCUGUUAAUGAGCAAGAUGCUCAGUCUAUGUUGAAGAAUGAUGUAGCUGCAAAGAAAGAGUCUCUGCCUCAAAAGACGAUUGUUGAUCCAUCUAAUAAGUCUCAGGAUCAAAGUGCUCAGUCUAUGUUGAAGAUAGAUGUUGCUGCAAAGAAAGAGUCCAUAUCCCAAACGAAGAUUGUUGAUCCAUCUAAUAAACCUCAGGAUCAAAGUGCUCAGUCUAUGUUGAAGAUAGAUGUUGCUGCAAAGAAAGAGUCCAUAUCCCAAACGAAGAUUGUUGAUCCAUCUAAUAAACCUCAGGAUCAAAGUGCUCAGUCUAUGUUGAAGAUAGAUGUUGCUGCAAAGAAAGAGUCCAUAUCCCAAACGAAGAUUGUUGAUCCAUCUAAUAAACCUCAGGAUCAAAGUGCUCAGUCUAUGUUGAAGAUAGAUGUUGCUGCAAAGAAAGAGUCCAUAUCCCAAACGAAGAUUGUUGAUCCAUCUAAUAAACCUCAGGAUCAAAGUGCUCAGUCUAUGUUGAAGAUAGAUGUUGCUGCAAAGAAAGAGUCCAUAUCCCAAACGAAGAUUGUUGAUCCAUCUAAUAAACCUCAGGAUCAAAGUGCUCAGUCUAUGUUGAAGAUAGAUGUUGCUGCAAAGAAAGAGUCCAUAUCCCAAACGAAGAUUGUUGAUCCAUCUAAUAAACCUCAGGAUCAAAGUGCUCAGUCUAUGUUGAAGAUAGAUGUUGCUGCAAAGAAAGAGUCCAUAUCCCAAACGAAGAUUGUUGAUCCAUCUAAUAAACCUCAGGAUCAAAGUGCUCAGUCUAUGCUGAAGAUGGAUGUUGCUGAAAAGAAAGAGUCUGUGUCCCAAAAAAAGAUUGUUGAUGCCUCUAAUAAACCUGAGGAUCAAGGUGUAUUGGAGAAAACUCCUAGCAGUGUCAGGAAUAUGAUAAGUGCGUUUGAAAUCGGCCUUGCUCAGAAGAAGGGGAGAAGAUCGCUUACAAGGAAUCGAGCAUCAAAAUCCCAACCAAAUUUAGUUGGAAUAGGAGGCUCUGUAAAAGAUUUGGAUCCAGAGGACACUGCAAGGCCUAAUAAGAUGAGUUCACUAAGAGUAGAAAGACCUCUUAAUACUGGGAACUUGCCAGAACCUCAAAGUAAUAUUGGCAAAAGAGGGGAAAUUAGUUUUCCUGAGCAAGAUAUUGUUGGUAAAGGACAGCCCGUGUUCCAUGAAAAGUUGAAGCAGUCAAGUGUGUACAUUGUCGCAUUUAAUGAAGCAGGCUCAAGUCAGCAGGAAACUUUAAGAUCUGCUGAAAAGGAGUUUAAUACUGGAGCUACUUCACCUGUAGAUUUGAUGAGAGGAGAAAGUAGUUCACUUGAGCAAGAUAUUGUUGGUACAGCACAGUCCGUGUUCCAUGAGCAGUUGAAAGAGUCAAGUGUCCACAUUGUCCCAUUUAACGAAGCAGGCUCAAGUCAGCAGGAUACCUUAAGAUCUGCUAAAAAGGAGCCAAAUGCUGUAGCUACUUCACCUAUGGAUUUGAUGAGAUUAUCCAACCUGGAAACAGCUACUAGCUCCCAAAGAAUUAAUGUGGCUCAUUCAGAUAUGCUGAAAGCUAAUAAUUUAGCUGCUGGCCAAGAUUGUUCCAAUGAUCCUUCAGUUGCAGAACAACGAAACACAGAAAUUAGAUCAGAGGCUUUACUAGAAGUUCAUAUUGAAAGGGUUCCAAAUGAGAAACCAAAAUUAAUAGCGUAUUGCGAAAAUGAGCAUUAUGACUCUGAAAAUUCUGGUGUAUGGAUAUUUCCGGAUAACAAAAAUCGUGUCUGUAUAACAACUGCAGGCGAAAGCGCAGUGCAUUUAUUGGAAGAUUGCCACAUUGGAGUAGAUGAUCAUCAAAGGAAUAAGAAACCACCUAAGCAAGAAAUUACACGGAAGCGUGGUUUUUUCCAUAAAAGUGACUCCACGAUAAAGAAAGGAGAAGAGAAGCCACAAAAGCCAAGAAAAUCUCAGUCUGAGAGCUCUGGACAAAAUGGCCCUUCUGGACCCAUUAGACAGGUGAUAAAAAUUGCAGUUAUUGUAGGGUUUGGAAUAUUAGUUCUCCUCACCAGACAAAAAGAAACCAGGAGAAAUGACAGAAAAUCGAAGGAGUUUUAUUUCGCUAGUCCAGAUUUCAUCGAUCAGUUGGCAUCUUCAGAAGAAAAAUGGAGUCUAUUAACCGCAGAAGGAAAUUGAUUCAUCGCCUUCUCCCAAGACAAGGCUAACCUUUUGGCGAUCUUGUUGGCUUCAUAAAGGAUAUAUCUGGUUGAAUUGCACUUUCGUUGAUACUGAAUCUUGUAUUUUGGAAAUAAUGGUCUGUCACUCUUUGGCAUUGAUCUAAACAUUUCUUUUCGUGCAUUUCGCAAUGUAUUUUAAAUAUUCUUUCUCCGUAUAUGUAAGAGAAACAGCCAUUUUGGUUAAUAAUGAGUACAACACAUCUUUCCUGUA